AUGGAGGGCUCAAGGCCGGUAAAACCGGGGUCAUGUGCCUGCCGCUGGUUGGGGUUGGUCUUUGUAGCUGUAGCCUUCCUGUGUGCGGAGGCCCGUACCACUCCAAGUCCUUCGCUUACUUCCAGCAAUGCCACUUGUGAGGGGAACUCUAAGUGCAAGCCGGGGAUCAUCCUGCCCAUCUGGUAUCCCGAGGAUCCCUCGAUGGGAGACAAGAUUGCUCGGGUCAUUGUAUACUUUGUGGCUCUUAUCUACAUGUUCUUGGGUGUGUCGAUCAUCGCUGACCGCUUCAUGGCAGCAAUUGAGGUCAUCACAUCCCAGGAGAAGGAGGUUGUUAUCAAGAGGCCCAACGGGGAGACAACUACCACCACUAUCCGGGUGUGGAAUGAGACCGUCUCCAACCUCACCCUCAUGGCCUUGGGCUCAUCUACCCCUGAGAUCCUGCUCUCUGUCAUUGAGGUCUGUGGACAUGAGUUCAAAGCUGGUGAGCUGGGGCCUUCCACCAUUGUGGGCAGUGCUGCCUUCAAUAUGUUCAUCAUCAUUGGCCUUUGUGUGUCUGUGAUUCCCCAAGGAGAGGUCCGUAAGGUCAAACACCUCCGAGUGUUCUUUGUCACGGCAGGCUGGAGCAUCUUUGCAUAUAUCUGGCUGUACAUGAUCCUGGCUGUGUUCUCGCCCAAUGUCGUCCAAAUCUGGGAGGGACUGCUAACGCUGGCCUUCUUCCCCAUCUGUGUAAUCCUGGCCUGGGUGGCUGACCGACGGCUGCUCUUCUACAAGUUCAUGCACAAGAAGUAUCGCACUGACAAGCACAGGGGUGUCAUCAUUGAGACAGAGACCGACCGUUCCAAAGGAAUUGAGAUGGAUGGCAAGAUGGUCAACUCACACUUUGUGGAUGGAGGUGCUGCUAGCAAUCUUAUUGGACUGAUUGAAGGCAAGGAGGUGGACGAGUCGCGACGCGACAUGAUUCGUAUCCUAAAGGACCUGAAGCAGAAGCACCCAGAAAAGGAGUUGGACCAACUGGUUGAGAUGGCAAACUACUACGCCCUGUCUCACCAGCAAAAGAGCCGUGCCUUCUACCGUAUUCAGGCGACACGGAUGAUGACCGGCGCAGGCAAUAUUCUGAAGAAACAUGUAGCAGAGCAGGCUAAGAGGAGCGCCAGCGUGCAGGAAGUGCAUGUCGAGGAGCCUGAGGAGUAUGUGUCUCGAAUUGCUUUUGAGCCUGCUGUCUACCAGUGCCUAGAAAACUGUGGUGCCGCCCUACUGACGAUCACCAGGAAGGGCGGCGAUGUCAACAAGACCAUCUACGUGGAUUAUAAGACAGAGGACGGCUCAGCAAAUGCUGGGGCUGACUACGAAUUCACUGAGGGUACAGUGGUGUUCAAACCUGGGGAGAUGGUUAAGGAAAUCAGCAUUGGCAUCAUCGAUGAUGACAUCUUUGAGGAGGAUGAGCACUUUUUUGUGCGCCUUAGCAACCUACGUGUACUGGAGACAGAAGAUGAAGUGCUUUCCCCAAACAGUCUACCAUACCCUAAGGCUAUGCUGGGCUUCCCCACCGUGGCCACCGUCACCAUCCUCGAUGAUGACCACUCGGGUAUCUUCACUUUUGAGAGCGACUCGGUGCAUGUGAGUGAGAGCAUAGGCAUUAUGGAGGUGAAAGUGCUGAGGACUUCUGGAGCGAGGGGGACAGUCAUUGUUCCCUAUCGUACAGUGGAGGGACUGGCCAAAGGAGGUGGGGAAGACUUUGAGGACACCUAUGGAGAGCUGGAGUUUAAAAACGAUGAGACCUGCAAAAUUGUUCAGGUGAAAAUUAUUGACGAUGAGGAAUAUGAGAAAAACAAGAACUUCUUCCUGGAGCUGGCCGAGCCUCGCAUGGUAGACAUGAGUCUGCAGAAAGGUGCAGUACUGAACCUAUUGUGGAAGGGUAAAGGUGCGGGAGGAUGA